AUGCUGCGGGGUAAUGUAGGUGUGUGUGGUCGUGCAGGGGUGGCACUAGUGCGGCUUCGAGUCUGUCAGUCGCUGCCAUAUGCAUCCGUAGCUUUGGCGCGCACCUUCUGCACCUCCACAACCCCUCUCUUAGCAAGCUUUCGCCUUAGUGCUUUUCGCUUUGAUAGCAAGAACAUGAGCUCCAAAAUUCUGAAGAACAGCGACUACAUCUCUAGCAAUAAUGGUGGGAGGAGCGGCGACGACAGUGCCGCUGCAGAUAGGGCAGACACUGGCAAGUCGCCAACUGCAGAGGCCGGCACAGAGAUGACGGUGGUACAGAAAGACUAUGGCGAGGAGACGGGUCAUGAGGGGUUUCAUGAGGAAGCUAUCAUUGUGAAGGAUGAGAAAGGCAACUCUAUCACCCGCAUUCGGCGCCUUCCUCUCACGCUUAUCGAAGAAGUUCCACUGCCGCAGCGCAUUCUGACAGACCUGGAGCUUGUCAUGAUGGCCUGGUGUGAGGAGCAUGCCCGGCAAUAUGCAUUCUUCAUGACGGCUAUCCGCAUCGGUGUGCUCCUGCUUCUCUUCAUCAUCCUGUACGUGUUUUACCAGACCACCCUGUCCAGUGAGCGAGUAGUGCGCGGCGUGAACAACAUGCCGGCUGACCUGCGCAUCGGCAGUGUUGUCUAUUUCGACAUCACAGAGAACGGCACCGACAUUGGGCGCAUUGUCAUUGGUCUGCUCAACGAGGAUUGCCCGCUCUACUGCGAGUACUUUCAUCGUCGUUGCACGGGCAACGGAGGCAAGGGUAACUCCUUCCGUGGGAUGCCCCUGGCGGCGAUCGUGCCGCGACACUGCUUAAUCUUUGGUGACGGACCGGAAAUGGAGCACGAUGUGCCCGGGUUCAACCCGCACUACCUGCCGACAGAGCACCUGAGCAACGGUGCCUGGCGCGGCGCGCUGUCUGCCAUCGCGUACGGACCCAAUCGUGAGAGCCCGAACUUUUCUAUUCACAUCUCAUCGGGCGAUUACAAGCCCCAGGUGUUCGCCAUUGUACUUGGUGGGUACAACGUGAUUGAGAGAAUGAACAAUGCAGGCUCGAAGCACGGCAAUGCGCCAAAACGGCACUACGUCAUCGAGGGCUGCGGGGAGCUGUGCACGCUCGCCAAGUCGCACAUCGUGCCGAUGCCGUGGAAACUGUACGAGUCUGUGUCUGUUGGGUACGACGAAGAAAAAUUCGGCCCGCGCCUGUCAGCGGACGUGCUCAAGCACUCCGAUGAGAUCGGUGCCGCGGAGCAUGUGACACAGCAGCAGCAGCGUAGCUUGGCGGAGGUUCGUAAGAAGAAAUGGUGGUUUUUCUAG